AAAUGAUGCAUCAUACUUCAGAACCAGGAAUGAUACAAUACUUUUCAACAUCAGAAAUAGAAGUUCCCGACCACCUCUACCUUGGAGUUCGAGAUGUGAUUUUCGCUUACAAAGAAUAUACAGAACUUCAAGAAACCUACUCCUACGACUUCAUUGAAAGCAUUAAAGCAACCUGUAGUGAAGAGUUAUGCGUCAACAUUGCUUGUGACUCAGAAUGAUAUUAUUUUCAUGGCUAUCCUAGAGGAAACCUCGUAAAAUUAUUCUGAGUGGUGCUCGUUCUCUGGAACCAAAAUUUCUCAUUCCCAAUCAAAUAUAAAAAGUGACCGGGCCUCGAACUCGAUGAGACUAAUCUGGAGAUCGAGACCCUUUCUAAACUUACUUCAUCAGUCGAUGAUAUCUUUGAAGCAAGUGAGGGAGAAGAUAGUCAAAAUUUAUUUGAAGAAAUCAAAGCUUUCCUGGUUGCUCUGACUCCUAGGGGAUUCCUCACAUGAAUAGGUAUUAGAAAAACACCAGGAUCUAAAGAUGUAUGUCCUCCGCCAAUUAGUUGAGUGUUCGAUCAUUUCAACAGGAGAUUCACACUGCUGACUCCAGAGCAGCUGGAGGAAAAUCCCAACCCUCCUAAGCUAACUGUUGGAGCAAGAGCUCUCUCCAAGCACGUUCAUAGAUCAACUGAAGGGUUCUGGGGCACCAUCCUAGGUCUUUCUGAGGAAAAAUAGAAAUGAGCAUGCCUUUAACAAGUUAAAACAAAUAGUUCAGAACAGUGUCUGGAUAAAUAUUCAUGGACUCCCACAAGACCUCAUCAUCAUUGAGUGAAGAGUCUCAGAAGGAUAUGGCUGAAGAUGGACAAGAGACCAGGAAUUCAGAGGUUUUAUUGAACCACAAAUGAUGGAUGGCCACUCUAAAAAAUGGAGGCAUUAAUUUCACCCAAGCCAUAAUCAUGCGCAUUAAUUAUAAUAUUUUUAAUUCA